AUGAGGCUGAUCAAAAGGAACAUUGAACAAGAUGGAUCGGGCUCAGUUACACUCUUUCCGGAGGAGCCAGAAGAUAUGUGGCACGCGUACAAUCUCAUCCGACCCCGCGAUCUCUUGAAAGCCAGUGCGGUUCGCCGUGUUACCAACACCGCUACAACGGGGACGACAUCGUCGUCGCGAGUUCAUAUGACAUUACAAAUUCGCGUCAAGAGCUUGGAUUUUGACCCCCAAAAAUCCCAACUUCAUGUUUCCGGGCAGAUCGUCACGGAAACACCAUACACCAAGAUCGGUCAGCACCAUACCCUAGAUUUAGAGUUGCAACGAAACUUUACACUUGAGAAGACGUCAGAAUCCUCCAAUGAGGGAGGUGGGUGGGACAGCGUUGCACUCGAGAUGUUAAGGGAUGCUGUCGACGAGUCAUACAAACGCCGCGCAGAAGCUAUAGCGGUCGUGAUGCAAGAGGGUUUAGCAAAUAUUUGCUUCAUUGGACAAUUUCAAACUGUGGUUAAACAGAAAGUGGAAAUGGCGAUACCAAGGAAACGACAAGGUGGAAGCGAUCAUGACAAGGGACUGUCAAAGUUUUUCCAGGUGACACUUGAGACACUUCUUCGCCUACUAGAACCGUCUAGCAACUCCGUAACAUCUACAACCACGAGCAACGGCACGUCAACCAGGCCGGUACUAUUGGCGUCCCCGGGUUUCACCGCAACCAGUUUCCAGAAGCACAUUCAAGCGGCAUCAUCCGGCAAGCCGGAGUUGAAAUCCCUCUUGGAUAAUACGAUUGUAGUACACUCGUCUUCAGGCCAUGUACACUCCCUUGCUGAGGUCCUCCAGUCCCCAAGUGUCCAGGCACGACUUUCCAACACCAAAUAUGCACGUGAAACAGCUAUCAUGGACACAUUUUAUACGCACCUAAGAAUGGAUACAAACAAAGCCACAUACGGCGCAAAAGAAGUCGAGUCUGCGGUAGACCAGGGUGCUGUUGGUCGGGGUGGAGGCAUUUUGUUGAUAUCAAACAGACUCUUUCGAUCUCAAAGUGUUCACGAGAGGCGGAGAUGGGUGUCCCUUGUCGACCGUGUUCGAGACGUCGAAGGAGGAGAGGUUCGAGUCCUGAGCUCAGAUCAUGAAAGUGGCAAGCGACUCGACGGUCUGGGGGGCGUUGCGGCUAUUUUAACAUUUCCUAUUAUAGAAGAUGACCACGAAGAAGACGAUAACGCAGAUGGAUGA